AUGUCUUUAGAAGAUUUACCUCUAUCGCUCAACAAUCAACGAAUUUCAGUGGAGGAUAACUCAGAGGAAUUGAAAUUAUCGAUAGGUAAAGAUCCACUGACAACAUCGCGGACACCUGUGCUAGAGGUUAAUUCGCCAGCUCAAAAUUCAUUUUCUUCGUUCUCUAGCGUUUCGCUGAAAACUUCAAAUAUGAUUUGCAAACCAUGGCGAACUAUGGUCAGUCAGAAUAGACGACGUUACAAAAUUGGAAAUUUUGAUUUAGAUUUAACAUAUAUAACGGAUCGCAUUAUCGCGAUGGGUUUUCCAGCGAUUGAUCAAGAGAAAAUUUAUCGAAAUAGUAUGGAAGCAACUGUGCAGUUUCUUGAAUAUUACCAUGCAGGCCAUUAUAUGGUUUUCAAUCUGCGUGGAAAUCAUAUAUAUGAUCCUGGUUAUUUUCAUAAUCGUGUAAUGACAUUUGAAAUGAAUGAUCAUCAUCCGCCUCGAUUAGAACUUAUGGCUCCGUUUUGUCACGCAGUUCAUGAAUAUUUGCAAGCAAAUGACCAAAAUGUUGUCGCGGUUCAUUGCAAAGCGGGUAAAGGCCGUACGGGUGUUAUGAUUUGCGCUUACCUCGUUUACAUUAAUUUUUACUUAUCUCCACGGCAAAAUAUGGAUUAUUAUAGUAUAGUUCGAACAGUAAAUAAUAAGGGUGUUACAAUUCCUUCUCAGCGGCGAUAUGUAUAUUAUUUUUCUCAUUUGAGAAAGCGCGGUCUUAAUUAUGUGCCAUUGCUGUCUGAGUUGAUAGGCGUUUAUUUUGAACGGCCUCCGAAAUUUAGCGGUUUAUUGUUUAAAGGUGCCUUCUGCUUACGAGUUGCGAAUGGUAGGAUAGAUGUUUUUAACCCGGAUCCAAUUUAUAUGAGCAAAAAAGAAAUGAUUGAUGAAGAUGAAAUUUGGAAGACCCAUAACUGUUCCUUCGGGUCAGAUUAUGAUGAAUGCGAUAACACAGAAUUUGGCAGUAAUUGUAUCUCGAGGCGUUGUUACGGUUGGACAGUACCUGGCAGUAAACGAGUUUUUCUUGAAGGGGAUGUUCGAGUUGAUUUGUAUGUCAAAAAAUUUGUGAAAUCUAUAGGUUUAAGUGCUGGACGUGAAAAAUUAGGGCAUGUAUGGUUUAAUACGAUGUUCUCUUGUCCUAAUUUCUGUGGUGGUGCAUAUAUCCACGGUGAUGAAGCAUAUCCGUAUCCUGAAAAGGGCACUACAAUAGUAAAUCAUUGGCCGAGAUGUUCUGAAAGGCGUUCAUCUUCUCAGUUAUCGCCAUCAGUGUGCAAAAGAUUAAAUACUGUGAUGGAUGAUUUUAUUAAUGAUAACCAAACUGCAAUGGGCACUUGCCUUAAUAAAUGCAAGUCUAAUCUUGGUAUUGUUUCGUAUUUUAGUUUAGAACUAUUUGGCAAUAAAUUUCGAACUUCUUUUCAUGUUGUUUUUUCAGCGCAAAGUAGCUCAUCAUUGAUCUCAGGUGAGGAUUUAUUGCCUCAAAGCGAUAUCGAACUUCCUCCAGGCUUAGACAGUCACUGUCCAUCGCACUGCUUGCCUCUUAUCUAUCCCGAGCAGCUUGGACGUAGGCCACCUCGAGCAGAAAUAAUAAUGAUGUUACGUAAUGCUCAUAUUAAUGGUCUCAUCAAAGAUAGUUAUAACCAACGUCGACUUGCUGCAAAUACCGAUGGAGUUCCUGUUCCUAAAGCAAAACCUGGGCGUCCUCCAUCAGGCGGACCAUUUUGUCUCAUGCAAGGUUCUGAUGAACACGUUGUUACUUUCAAUGCUCUUGAAAUAGAUCGGGCGUUUAAGAAUGAAAAGAUUCACUCGGGAUUUAAGGUAAAUUCCUUUUUUAGACUACUUAAAUAA